AGGAGCAUCCAAGGCUCUCUUUCUGGGCACGUCUCUCCCUCUCCGAUCUCUACCUCGAUAGGGAGGAGGCGGAGGAGGAGGAGGUGGUGGAGCAGCAGCAGCAGCAGCAGCAGCGUUCUUCAAAGUUGCCUCUUUUGGGUUUGCAAAAUUGCCUCUUUGAAAGGUAUCGGUGCGGAUUGAGCAUGGACGAGAGAAUCCCUUCUCCUGCUUACUUCCAGUACUCGCCUUCCGGUGUCCACUCAUCUCCUUCCCCGCACCACUCCAUCAGGUCGCCUGCGACUUCGGAAAGAGAGAGAUCCGCACCUGGUUCUGCUUCCAUCAUUGUGCUAGUCUUCUAAAGGCGGCAGCCAACUUCUCCAUAGUGUAUUCAAUCAAAAGAAGAUCUAGUAGUUGAAACUACUGCAUAAUUAUAUAUUUGACUGAAUUACUGGCUGAGAGGCAGAAAAUGAUACCAUUUAUGCAAGUCCUUCCCUUCUGCCAUAGGCUUUUAAACCUAGAAAUUAUGAGGGCUUCUGGUUUGGUGCCUAAUCAUUCUUUUGUUGAUUCUGAGAGAAUGGAUCAUGGUUCUCCACUAAGAUUAGGUGAACCAAUGGAUCUAGAGGGAUGGUCAGGAAUGCAGACAGAGGAAAAUGGGUACCUCAACAGAGUUGGGACUAUCCAAACAUCAAAUAUAGGCUGGAAUGGAAUUACUAGAGUUAACACAAGCCCAAUUGUGAAGAAAAUUGUGAGGCUAGAUGUCCCUGUCGACAAGUAUCCUAAUUACAACUUUGUUGGUCGCUUGUUGGGACCUCGAGGGAACUCCUUGAAAAGAGUUGAAGCUACAACUCAAUGCAGAGUAUAUAUCCGAGGUAGAGGCUCCGUGAAGGAUUUGGUGAAGGAGGAAAAGUUAAGAGAUAAACCUGGAUACGAGCACCUGAAUGAGCCAUUACAUGUUCUUGUAGAGGCCGAAUUCACGGCUGAUGUAGUCGACGGUCGUUUGGAUCAAGCUGUGACGAUACUGGAAGACCUCUUGAAGCCAGUGGAUGAGUCUGUGGACUACUACAAGAAGCAACAGCUGAGGGAAUUAGCCAUUCUGAACGGAACUCUCCGAGAAGAAAGCCCUCAAUUGAGCCCGAGCUUGUCUCCGUUCAAUAGCACGGGCAUGAAACGAGCCAAAACAGGACGGUGAUUGGCAAAUGUGUAAUAUGCUGCUCUGCCCAUUAGUAUUUAUCGAUGUCAGGGGAUCAUCAGAGAACCAUAUAAAAGCAUAAUGUUCGAUGGCUCCUUCCUAUGUGGUAUUGCCCGUUACUGAAACUGUUCGAUUAUUUAUUUAUUUGUAUAGAUAGACCUCCAUCGCCCCCGAAUGCUAAGGUUAUGCGAGUUGAAUAAGUUGUUUGCUCGUCGAAUUUUAAUUGUUAUUUGUUGGCAUGUAACCUUGCACUGAUGUUCUUGUGGAUAAUGAAUAAUUUUAUUAGUGUGGAUUUGCUUCA